UUAAAAAAAAAAAAAAAAUCCUUUUUAAUUCUUCAUCAACAUUCUCUGUACGGUUCAGUUCUUUGAGCUCUCUUAGACGAACACAAGAAAUGUCUGAUCGAUUCUUCCCAAAUGUAAUGCCAGACUUUGCUGAAGAAACAACUGAGCAAAAAGAUGACACAACCGGGGAGUCUCUCUUGAAGCUUCUCUCAAUGCCAUACCCUUCUCUUUCUCAACGAUUCAAACGAGCUGCUCUCGACCUCAAAGAAACUAUUGUGAUGGAGACGUGGGGUUUAACCGGGCAACACGUGCGUGACUUUACUCUGUAUAGCGGUGCCCUCGGUACGGCUUUCUUGCUUUUCAAAGCCUAUCAAGUUGAUAAAAACAAGAAUGAUCUUGGCCUUUGCUUAGAGAUUGUAAAAGCUUGUGACUCCUCUUCUUCAGCUUCUCGGGAUGUGACUUUUAUUUGUGGGCGGGCUGGUGUUUGUGCCCUUGGUGCUGUGGCAGCUAAAUGUGCUGGCAACGAGCAGUUGCUCAAAUACUAUUUAUCUCAAUUCAGAGAGAUUAAGCUGUCCCGGAAUGUCCCUAAUGAGUUAUUGUAUGGAAGAAUUGGGUAUUUGUGGUCUUGUUUGUUCUUGAACAAACAUAUUGGUGAUGGGACUAUUCCUUCUACGACCACUCGGGCCGUUAUAGAUGAGAUUAUUAAGGAUGGAAGAGAGUUGGCUAAAAGAGGAGGACCUCCAUUAAUGUACGAAUGGUAUGGAACAAAGUAUUGGGGUGCUGCACAUGGUUUGGCAGGUAUCAUGCAUGUUUUAAUGGACUUCGUAUUGAAGCCAGAUGAGGCUGAGGAUGUCAAGGCCACACUUAAAUACAUGAUUAAGAACUGUUUUCUUAGUGGGAACUACCCUGUGAGUGAAGAAGAUAGAAAGAGGGAUAUUCUUGUGCACUGGUGUCAUGGUGCUCCUGGUGUUGGUCUCACACUUGUGAAGGCAGCAAAGGUUUUUGAAGAUAAAGAAUUUCUGGAAGCAGCUGAGUAUGCAGCGGAGGUGGUGUGGAACUGUGGCCUGCUUAAGAGAGUUGGGAUAUGCCAUGGAAUCAGUGGGAACGCAUAUAUGUUCCUCUCACUCUAUCACCUGACAGGCAACUUAGAGUUCUUAUAUAGGGCUAAAGCAUUUGCUUGCUUUCUUCUUGAUAGAGCUCACAAACUUAUAGCAAAAGGAGAGAUGCAUGGAGGUGAUAACCCUCAUUCCCUAUUUGAAGGGCUUGGAGGUAUGGCAUAUCUUUUUCUGGACAUGUUCGAGCCUCCUGAGGCUCGGUUCCCAGCUUAUGAACUCUGAAGUUGCAAAGAACUGAAAGAGCACAAUUGAUAAUGAAGGGAGAUUUUAGUAUAGUACUAGGAUUGAUGUUAGUGCUUAUAGCGGCAUGUCGUU